CCGCAGGUGUGUCUAUUAAGGCCGUGCACAAAUGACACAGUUCCAUCAGAACUAUAAAUUCUUUUUAGCGUCUACCACACAUUUACUUUUACGAGACCACUAAACGUUGCAGCGGACGCGUAACUUUCCAGCUCUACACUCCUAUCAAGAUGGUAUCUGCUGGCCUUCAGUUGCUGGGAAUCUCCCUGGCUGUGGUAGGCUGGGUGGGGGCUAUUGUGACCUGUGCCCUGCCCAUGUGGAGAGUCACCGCCUUCAUUGGGAACAACAUUGUGGUGGCACAGACCAUCUGGGAAGGCCUGUGGAUGAACUGUAUUGUCCAGAGCACUGGUCAGAUGCAAUGCAAGGUGUAUGACUCGCUGCUGGCCCUCCCUCAAGACCUGCAAGCCGCCAGGGCGCUCACUGUCAUCGCUAUCCUGCUGGCUGUACUGGCACUGUUGGUUAGCAUAGUGGGUGCCAAGUGUACCAACUGUGUGGAGGAGGAGUCUGUGAAAGCCCGUGUUAGCCAGGUGUCUGGGGUGUUGUUCCUUGUUGCCGGGGUGCUCUACCUCAUCCCAGUCUGCUGGUCAGCCAAUAGUGUCAUCAAGGACUUCUACAAUCCCCUGGUCACCGAGGCACAGAAGCGCGAGUUGGGGGCCUCCAUGUACAUCGGCUGGGGUUCCUCUGCCUUGCUGCUGCUGGGAGGCGCUCUGCUGUGCUGCUCCUGCCCACAGAAGAAUGUGAACUACUCUGCCCGCUACACUGCUGCCAGUUCUCAUCCUCGCACUGAUGUCCCAAGCAAGAAUUAUGUGUGAACAUUAUUUGGAAUGAGUUGUCACCAACUCUUGUUUUGAGCGCAUCGGUGAGGGUAGUGUUUAGUUAGUUUUGAAGACUGCCCUGAUGUGUGGUGUGUCUGUGGGUUUUUUAAAUGUAGAUUGUAUUAAGAUGUGUAUUUAAUAAAUUGGUGUUUUUAAAUCUUAUGAUAGAACUUCUGAUAACUCUUCCAUUUUAAUAAACAAUUACUAAAUUAA